AUGGCAACACCGGCAGUUGACCAUGACAAGAUCUCUCCGCACCGGCAGUCGGCGUCAGCAUCAGCAUCGUCGGCCCGUGAGAGAAUCCAAGCGAGAUCGGAAGGGGAUGACUCGGAGUUAAGCGAUGAGCUCACCGACACCACCAACGUCGCCCAAGAAAUACCACACGACGACGAUGAACCGCCCAAAUCGGACUUGCCGUUCUCAAAAGCGCGAUGUAUCGCCCUCGUGGCUACCGUCACAGGCGCGAGUUUUCUCAACACCCUCUCCGGCCAAGCAGUGGUCAUCAUCCUCCCAACCAUAGGCCGCGACCUUUCCAUCCCCGACACCCGCCUCCAAUGGAUCGUCUCGGCCUACUCCCUCACCUUUGGCUGCUUCCUCCUCCUCUGGGGCAGGAUAGCUGACAUCUACGGCAAGAGAAGGAUGUUCAUCUUUGGCUCGGCCUGGUUCGCCAUGACCAUGCUGGUGAAUCCCUUUUUACCAAACGAAAUCGCCUUUGAUUUGUUUCGUGGUCUUUCUGGGCUUGGUGCGGCAGCCAACGUUCCAACGGCGAUUGGAAUCCUAGGAACUACCUUUCGACCUGGCAAAGCGAAAAACUAUGCUUUUAGUUGUUACUCAGCAGGUGCCCCUGUGGGAGCGGUGUUUGGGAAUUUGCUCGCGGGCUUUGUCUCGGAGUACACCUCAUGGAAAUGGGUUUUUGUCAUUAUGGGUUUGUUGGCUGUCAUUGUGACUGUGGCGGCGUUUUUUAUCCUGCCGGCGCCGAAUCACACUUUGCAUGAUGAGGGGGUCACGGUGAAGAAUUCGGUUGACUGGUUGGGGGCUGGGUUGGUUACCGUGGGCUUGCUGGCGUUGCUUUUUGCCUUGACACAAGGAAAUGUAGUUGGGUGGAGGACGCCGUGGAUACCGGUGUUGAUUGUGGUUUCGGUUAUCUUGGUAACGUUGUUUGUGUUUUGGCAGAGACAUCUGGAAAAGACGAAGAAACGCGCGCCGAUCAUGAAGGUUUCGGUCUUUCACAGCACGAAAUUCAGCGCUGCCAUGGCGAUCAUGGCGCUCUUUUUCAGCAGUUUCAAUGGGUUGCUGGUUUAUGCCACGUAUUUUUACCAGGACUUUCAGGGCCUGUCGACGUUGCAGACGACCUUGAGGUUUCUGCCGACGGGGAUCAUGGGGGUCAUCACCGCGCUGGUUGUCAGCCAGCUUUUGGCGCGGGUGCCGACUUACCUGCUUUUGGCGGUGGGGACGUUUUGCGUGUCGAUAUCGUCGAUACUCUUUGCUGCUCCGAUUCCGCCAGAGACGACGUAUUGGGCUUAUGGGUUCCCGGCUAUGGUCUUGUCGGUUUUUGGAGCUGAUACUACGUGGCCGUCUUUGAUUUUGUUUACGAGCCAUUCGUUACCUCAGUCGGAUCAGGCUUUGGGGGGGGCUUUGGUUAAUGCCAUGGGUCAGGUGGGAAGGGCUAUCGGUUUGGCUGUCGCGACGGCGAUUCAGACGGCUGUUAUGGCGCAUGAUAGAGGGGUUGAUGUCGAGGAGGCUGGGCCGGUGAUUCCUUGGGACUCGGCUUCGCUCGCGGGUCUGCGAGCAGCGGAGUGGUGGAAUUUUGCGUUGGGGUGUGCGGCAUUUGUGGUUGUUUUGGUAGCUUUUCGGGGGUCCGGGGUUAUUGGGAAGGCGGGGGUUGUGAAGGCUCAACGGCGACCGACUGAGCGUGAUGACAUUGUUGUUGAUAGUACGGGGGAUGGGGGGAUAAAGGGCUGA